AUGUGUGACUUUCUACAAGCACGUGAUUUUCAAUCAUGGGUUCGUGUUGCUUAUGGAUAUGAUCCUCAGAUUGUUACAGAAGGCGAUGUAACUGUUCCAAAUGAUAUUGGUAGGGAGCAUUGGCCAUUUCAAAUUUCAUCUACUUAUCUACAUACCGCAGGAACUUCCAGGGAAGCGUAUUUGGCUAGACGAAGUGCAGUGCGAGGAUUUAAAUAUAUUGAUCCUGCAAUUUGUCAAUAUGUUGCAUCUCCAAAAGCUAACAGCCAUAUUUUACUCAACAAGAAUCGCAUUAUUCUUUCUCAGUACUCAAGGAUUCAGAUUUUCAAAACCGACAAGAAGGAUGCAGCUGUUUCCGUGACACUGCAGGAUCACAAUGCUCGGAUUACGUGUGUGAGAUGUUUCCCACUCAAUGAAACAUCUUUGUUUCGAAGAAAAGGAGAUGAUUUACUGGUAACUUCUAGCAGCGACCACUCAAUCCGUCUUUGGUGGGAGGACCGUUGUCAGCGAUGUUUUAAAGGUCAUAAUGGCACAGUUACCACCAUUGCAGAUAAACUAUUGGGCGAUACUGACGUAAGAGUACUUGCAAGUGGAGGAGAAGACAAAACUGUACGUCUUUGGUCUAUUUCUUCAAGUGGUAAACGGGGGCAGCAUGCUUUGAGAAAAACAUUUUUUGGGCAUGAAAGACCAAUUGAGUCCCUAGCAGUUCCAGGGCACAGUAAUUCUCUCUUAGUGAGCCUCUCCAAAGACACUUUGGUGAGAGUUUGGGAUACAAAUGCAACUCAAUCUGGUUGCGUUGGAAUGACUUCAAUGGUUGGCCUGCCCAUCGAUAUGAAAUGCCAUGAAUCGUUAUGCUACGUGGCUGCUGCUUCAUCAGUUACAACAAUUGACUUGAGAACAAUGCGGAAGGUUUUCACUGCAGCUGUUCAUCGACCAAAAUUUUGCUCGUUCCAGAUGCUUCCCUCCAAAUUCUUAGUUUGCACUGGUGGAGAUGAAAAAGCUAUGCUAUGGGACAUCAGGAAAGCUUGUGAAGGGAAAUCAGAACCAGUUGCUAUUCUGGGUGGACAUGAGGGUCCAAUUUCACAUUUAUACAUGGAUCCAUACAAAGUUGUCACCGGAAGCCGAGUUGAUCCGCUUGUUAGGGUCUGGGAAACCAACACUGGUAGGUUUACAAAUUCUUUCUCGUGUAGAACGGACAACGAAAAUGAAUAUGAAACUGGUUGUUCCGUCAUGGCUGUAGAUGCUUGUCGUAUAGUUACUGCCAACUUUGGCAUGGAACCAGAACAAGUAUGGCUCAGGGACUUCAGUAAUGCUGAAGUCCCUGUUCCAAGUCAUGAGGAUGAUUAUGAUUCCAAAUUUUGGGAGCUCCCUGAAGUUUAAGCAUUACUGAAAUUAUUAACAGAGUAAUAUUUUAUUUAUUUUUUCCUUUUUUUGUUGUUGCAAGUACAUUACUUUAAAUCAUAAAACUUUGCUGAGUGAAUGUAUGAGUGAUUCCCA